UUGCUGUGUUGCCUUUUUUUGUUGAACAAUUUUCAAUAAUUUUUGUUGUGUUAAUUUAAUUACUUCUAGGCAAUUUUGCCUUUCUCAUUACUCUUAGCAAUUCACUUGUUAGUUAUUAGUUUCUAGCAGACAUGCAACGAUUGCAGUUGGCAUUUUUUCUAAGCCCCCUUUUGUUCCUGAGAACCAUUCUGGCCAUAGACUUUUGUGGUAUUAAGUCCUGCCAUGACAAGCGGCAUAUUGGAUGUGAUAACAAUAUGAUGUUCGAUGACAGCUGCCUGCGUUUUCACAGCCUGGUAAAUAUGGUGUAUUUCCGUGAGUACUUGCUCGAUCUUCACAAUGGAUAUCGUCAGGAGGUGGCUAGCCAUGGGUUUGUGCAUUUGCCACCUGCCCAAAAGAUGCCCGAAUUGGCCUGGGACAACUACCUUUCGGUGGUGGCCGAAUACCAUCUGAAACGCUGCCAAAUGGAGCUACCCGAUAACUCCUGCCAGGCCACCGAUGAUUUUGACGAUCCACACUUCAAUUAUGCCGAGGAUUUCUAUCCAAGACCUCUGAUUCGACAAUCGAAUGUCCGGGAAAUGACAAUCCUAGCCGAACAAUGGCUGGAUGAGCUCUACGAUAUGGAAGACAUAUCCAGGGACAAUGCGGAAAGUGAAAUCCGGAAUAUCAUCAACGAUCGGAGCACCUAUAUGGGCUGUGCUGCUGGCCAGGACUACGAUCUAUGGAACACACACUUCAUGCUCAUUUGUUAUUACAGCGCAGGACCCGCUCUCGAGGGAAACCUCUACGAAGAGGGCCAAUUCAAUGCCAGCCUUUGUCCCUUCGGAAAAAGUGAUGAAUACCCCGACCUUUGCAAAACACUGACCCUGACUGACUAAGUCCCAGAAUCUCCUGCAAAAUAAAUAUUGCAAAGGCUUUGGGUAUAAUUAAAUGUGCGAACCACUUGGGCCAUAAAUGCGAAAAAGCAGUGCUGAACUUUUGGAUUUCCUUAUAGCUAGAUGUCAGUAUUCUGGUAACCAGAAGUGCCUAAAUUUGAGUGAUAAAUAUGAUAACUAUGUGGUUAAAGAAUAAAGUAAA